UCUGACCUAUACCCAUGUGAGGCACCAAUAACACUGGGUGGGAUAUUUGGUCUGUUCCCCCUCACCCUACCCAGCCCUAUGCUUAGCUUGGCUCUUUCCUUCCCCUGCGCUGCUUUCCGUUGCCCCACCGUCCCCAGAACCCCCUCUGCAAUGCUGCCACACUGGCAGCUCCAAAUUCUCCAACACUUGUAAAACUUACAGUUUAUGUUUGAUUUCCCUUUUUUGAUCUUGGAGAAGUUAAACCUGUGGAUUACCUGGUCCAGGAAACAAGACUGUGAUCACCACCAAAUGGAAAUGGAAUAAUUUAAUAACUGGGACUUUUUUUUUUUAAGAGGAUGCUGAUUGGAUUCAUACCGAAGCUGUGAUUUUCCGUUCACUUCUGCAUGAGGAGGCAUUGCCCCCAUUUUAAAGGAUAAUACCUGAAACUGUCUCCUUAUCACCAUGGCUGAAGGAGCCAAAUCUGCCUCCUCCUCCCCCUCUGUAGCCAGUGGGUCCAAUGGAGCAGCGGCAGCACAGACGAGCUCUCUCAAGUCCAAAGGUCUGGGGCUCCUCGGGAAGUUGAAAGUGUCUGCAGAGCUGCUGAUUGCCCUGGCUGCCCUCCUGUCCUGGUUGGUGGUGGGAGUGGUGAUGUUUGACUUUGUGGAGUACAAGGCAGUCCCUGAUAUUCAGCAAAUCAUUGCGGACCCCGUGCAAGCUGUAAACGACGCUGUUGAUGAAGUAUCCAGUCUGCUCAAUAAGUUUCAAGAAUGUGCACCUGAUUUAAGUGACCCCAUGGCCGCUGCCACUUAUGCUGCUGAGGAAAUAUCGGAAGCAAAAGAUGGAUUUGUUCGCUAUUUUUCAGAUGAAGAAGGGAACUUCUACCUCAGCUAUGUUGACCCUGUGGUUAUUGGUAGACGUGCUUUCCAUUCAACUAAUGAUUUCCUGUGUGGAGUUGUGGGCUCCUUCAGGAACACACUGUAUGCUAUUGUGGACACUGUAUUGGGUACUAUACUGGACAUAAAUAAAGGAAAAACUGACCUUAGUUACAUUGACCCUGUGGUCAUGGGCAGAGGUGUCUUCAGUGUUACUAAUGAGUUCAUGUGUGAAGUGGGGCGCUACAUCCAGUAUGUGCUCUGUGCCAUUUUGGACACUAUUCUGGACGUAGUGAAAGGAACCACUGAUAUUAGCUUCAUGGACCCUGUGGUGAUCGGCAGAGAUAUCUUCAGUGUUACUAACGACACUGUGAGUGGAAUAGUGGGCUACAUCCAGGGCGUGCUCUGUACCAUCUUAGACAGUAUACUGGAUAUAGUAAAAGAUAUCCGGCAGGCUGUGGGAUUCAGCCCUAUGUCAGUUCUGAAGAGAACAGCAGAAAUCACCACAGAACAGAUAAACAUGCUUGUGAGCUACAUCUCCACAACGCUGAUCGGUGAACAAGGGAUCGUGCCUGAAGUGUCCAUUGACCCCAUGAAAGUUGUCCAAGAUGCCGUGUUGGAGUUCACAGACAAGAAAGAUUUGUUCUUGGCUUACAUGUCGAGCAUGGUUGUUGGUGAUCAAGGUGAACCCGUUGCCACACCAGGUGUAAAUGUAGUAACUGAAAAAGAUAAAACUGUAGCUUCUCCAUCUGAUAUACAUUUGGUACGAAGGAAAGGUGAAUUUCUGCCACCUUUUGAAAAAGUUGCAGAGAUCAUGCAUGCUGCCAAAGAUGAAGCUGCUCCUGCUGCAGAGUUAAGUGAAGCCCCAGACUCAAAGAUAGAGGAGGAGGCUGAAGUUCCCACUGAAGCUGCCAGUGAAGCAGAUGUGAAAGAAGAAGCAGAGGAAGCUGAUGUGAAACAUGUCGACCUUGAAGAAACAGAAUAUGAACAAUCACUGGAAGAUGAGGAAAUCCUUGAUGAUGACAGCAAAGAGGAAAACAAAAAGGAAGUGGCAGAAGAGGUUGAUACUGAGGAACAGGAGAUUAAAACAGAAGAGGAUGCGACACCCAUUAAGGAAGAGGAGGAGAAGGAGGAAAAAGAAGAUGAGGAAGGUGUUAGUACAGAAGAUGAGGAGGAAUUAAAAACAGAGGAUGAUGAAGAAGAACAAGAAGAGGGAGAUAUUAAAACAGAGGAGGCUGAGGUAAAAGAAGAGGAGGAGGAGGAACCAAAACCAGAAGAAGAUAUGGUAGAAGAUGAGGAGGAGGAGUCCAAAGCUGAAGAAGAGGAGGAGGAGGAAGAGGAGGAGGAGGAGGAGGAGGAGGAGACAAAAACUGAAGAAGAUUCAGUAGAAGAAGAAGAGGAGAAGGAGGAGGAGGAGGAGGAGGAGGAGGAGGCCAAAACUGAAGAAGAUGUAGUAGAGGAUGUGGAGGAGGAGGAGGAGGAGGAGGAGGAGGAGGAGGAGGAGGAGGAGGAGACAAAAACUGAAAAAGAUUUGGUGGAAGGUAAGGAGGAGGAGGAGGAGAAGAAAGAGACAAAAACUGAAGAUGAGGAGGAGGAGGAGAAAGAGACAAAAAAUGAAAAAGAUGCAGAAGAUGAGCAGGAAGAAGAGGAGGAGGAGACCAAAAAUGAAGAAGAUUUGGAGGAGGAAGGAGAAAAACAGGACAAAGAGGAGAUGAUGGAGGUGGAUGAUGAAGAUGAAGAAAAAGCGCCAUCUGUCCAACAACUUGAUCUUAAAAUCCUCUCAGAUGAAAAACUCAAUAAUGCCAGUGUAGUACCUGAAUCUGAUAAUGAGGAAAAAGAAGAAACAACUUCACCACCAGUUUACAACCAAGACGAAUACACCGACAUCAUCGGCGACCAUGAUGAAAACAACAACAACAGUGAAAAUGGGAAAACUGAACUUAAACGAAAGAGGAAAGUUCAUAUUCCCUUUGAGAGGCUCAGAAGAGUCGGAUCCAGAACUGAACACCUCCACAAGCAUGAGAAAGUUCUCAAAGAGGCAAAGGAAAGACACGCAAUAAAAGAAGUUAAAGAUGCCAUUAUCAAAGACCUCAAAGCCACAGAAACUGAAAAGGAGGAGAAAAAAGAGAAGGAUACCAAACUUGACGAAACUGUAGAGAUAAAAGAAGAAAAGCCAAAGGAGGAGGCCAAACUCCUUGAGAAGAAACCACAUAAGCCCAAAGACACUAAACUAGAAAAGGCUGUAAAGAGGAUUAAAGUAGUCAAGAAGCAGGUUGCGUCUGUCCUGAAGAAGGAACAUCUUAAUAUUACAAAAGCAGAGGUUCCUGAAGUUCCUAAGGUGAAAGCAAAACCAGAACCUGCAAAGAAAGUGGCAGCUCCCAAGGAGCCCAAGAAGGAACCAAAGCAAAAACUCAAACCUCAACCUGUAAAACCAGACACUAAAGCAGAAAAGGCUGUAAGGAGGAUUAAAGUAGUCAAGAAGCAGGUUGCGUCUGUCCUGAAGAAGGAACAUCUUAAUAUUACAAAAGCAGCUGAUGAACCCAAGAAGGCAGAAAAGGUGCUGAAGGCUGCAAAAAAGCAGAUAGUUCCUGUCCUGAAAAAGGAACACAUGAAUGUUACAAAAACAGAGGUGCCUGAAGUUCCUAAGGUGAAAGCCAAACCAGAACCUGCAAAGAAAGUGGCAGCCCCCAAGGAGCCCAAGAAGGAACCAAAGCAAAAACUCAAACCUCAACCUGUAAAACCAGACACUAAAGCAGAAAAGGCUGUAAGGAGGAUUAAAGUAGUCAAGAAGCAGGUUGCGUCUGUCCUGAAGAAGGAACAUCUUAAUAUUACAAAAGCAGCUGAUGAACCCAAGAAGGCAGAAAAGGUGCUGAAGGCUGCAAAAAAGCAGAUAGUUCCUGUCCUGAAAAAGGAACACAUGAAUGUUACAAAAACAGACGUUCCAAAGGAAAAGGCCAAAGCAGCUCCUGCUAAGAAAGAAGCUGUUGCUCCUAAAGAAAAGGUCAAACCAGUCAUCUUGAAAAAAGAACAACAGGGCACUCCCAGAAAUGCCUCUCUGGUGAAAGAGCGAGUCAAAAUAGUUCCUAUGAAAAAAGAUGUCAAGGUGCCAAAAGAGAAAGUCAAAGCAGUUUCUGCAAAGACAGCUGAGGUUUCAAAACAGAAGCCCAAACCAGUUCCAACAAAGAGAGAACCUGCUCCACUCAAGACAAAACCAGCCCCAGUAGUCAAAGAGGCAGAAGUACCACACAAAAAUGUCUCACUAACAAAGGAGAAGGCCAAGGUUCUUCCACUGAAGAAAGUGCCUGUAACUCCAAAAGAGAAAGUCAAAUCAACACCAACGAAAAAAGUUGAGGUUCUCAAGGAGAAGAAGGCUGAGCCAGUGACUCCCACAAAAGCACCUGUUAUCAAAGCAAAACUUGAUAAACUUGCUGAAAAGAAGAAAGAACCUGAGGCCAAGCCAGUUCUUGCCAAAAAAGCACCUGAGGUAACAAAAGAGAAGCCCAAGCCAGAUCAUGAAAAGAAAGCUCCUUCUAAAACUGAAACAAAGAAGGAAAAGGUCAAAUCACUCCUAAAGAAGAAAGAAUCCAAAGUACUAGAGGACAAAGUCAAACCAGCUGUUAUAAAAGCAUUGUUGAGAAAAAAGGCCGAACCAGUCCAAGUGAAGAAAGAACUGGAGACUCCUAAAGAAAAGGACAAAUUUGCUACAGUGAAGAAAGAGCGUGAGGUUUUAAAAGAAAAGGUCAAACCCACUGCAACAAAGAAAGAAAAACCAGUUGAGAAGAAGGCAACCAAAGAAGAGAAAGCUAAAGAGGACAGAGUUCUUAAAGAGAUACAGGAGCCUGUAAAGAAAGAAAGAUCUGCUGAGAAGAAAGUUACUAAGGAGGAGAAAGUAAAAGCAGAGCCAUCUGUAUCAGAUAGCAUUCUUAUGGAGGAAGAGCUGCCCUACUUCCAGUGUUUCUUUGUGGACGAGGACGAGGCCCAGUUUCCGUUCUACGCCUUCUCACCGCUGCAGAUUUGAAGCUUCAGUCUGAAUUCAGUCUGAAGUUUACAAUUUAGUCAAUUUACUGAUAAGGACAACAUCACGUUUACGCCCUGCGCUGCUGAAACGCACCCUGCUGUUCACUGAUGGUCUUCAGGAGAAAACCCUGAACAGCAGAGGAUGAUGGGUGAUUUUAUGUGAUGGACCGAUUUUAUUUUAUUUCCAGAUUUGGUUGAGCUCUCAUACCAAAUACAUGCAGCCAUCGUCAUUCCUUUCCAUUUUUUUUUUUUUUUUUUUUUUUUUGUGCGUGUUCUAAUUACUUUGAAAGGUGGAUAUCAUGAGAAUAUUUAAAUGGAACAAUAUAGUAUAUUACCUUUGUGGAUCAUUAAUUUAGAUCCUCACAGCAACAAAUGCAGAUAAAUAUGAUGGUGCAGGAACACAGUGUAGAAUAUGUUCAUCUAUGCCAUAAACUGGGUACAACAAUGGCCACAUAUGCUAAUUCAAGGUGGACAGGGGUUCAAUUCCUAAGCCCACAUUUACUUGAAAAGUGGUUUGUACAGUAAUCGUACAUACAUUUUUAUGCUCAUCUGUGUAAUUUCAGCUUCUUUCUCAUUAUGUGUCAAAAGGAAUGACCAUGCACUGUAUAUGAGAGCUCCCAAACGUACAGAUGAAACACUACCUUUAAAGUCAUAUUAAACUGUACCAUGUAGACAUGUGCACCAGCUCCUUAUUUUGAUAUUGGUGCUAAAAACAAGCACUGCAUUGCCUGCACUGUCAGAACAAGGUUUGAGUUCAUAAUGACUUUUUCUACCAUCAAGUAUCAGAUUCAUUCUAUAAUUGGACGACAUGUUGGAAACUUUUUUUUCCAGCUACUCACUCUAUUCCAAUUAUUUUUCUUAAAACAUCUGAAUUUGAUGCUACUUGUUUUAGUCAAUGAGAGGGUGAGUAUAAGUAUUUUCUUGCACUGUUAUCAAAGACAAGCUGGAUCACUGUGUGAUGAUUUUUUGUCAGUCAAAAGGGAUGACUGCUGUGGCUAACAGUAAUUCCUUGAUAGACCAAAAACACACUGUCACUAACUUUGGUCAGUGGCUGUUUGUCUGUGUGCGCAACAUAGAAACACGAUGUAUUUUAGCAACCUUUUGAACAGGUUUUUAUAAACCAGAAAGGGGUAGAAAACGUGCUAAUACAAAAGGUAACAGGAUUCAUAUUACAGUUUAUGAAUAUCCUAUGCAUGUGAUGCACAGUAUGGAUGAUUUCAGAUUGAUUUUGAAUACUGUAAUUGGUCAAAAAUCCAAUCAUGUAUUCGAAAUCUCUGAAGAAUGAUGGUAUAAAGAGCAAGAAUCAGCUCUAGUACAGGUUUAUUUGUGUAAGUGUAACAUUGAAAUGAAACAUUUACGUCUUUGAUUAUAUCUGCACUUCAUGUGAUUACACUCUAAGUUGUUGCAGAGGGCGUCACGUGUUUGGGCAGAUGGUCGCAAAUGUAAACUGGUACAUCAUUUCUCUGCUUGUACCAGCUGUUGUUUACAUAUGGCUCUUUACAUUUCGCUCCACAUGCUGCAUAGAAGACAAUUAUUACAGCUAGUGACACUAAUCCCAAGGCUACUGAAAAGUAAAUCCACUUAUCUUUUAUAUUGAAAUAAUAGAAACACACUCUUUGUUAGUCCAUAGAUGGUGCAUAAGACUCUCUCCAGUAACUGUACUGUAACAGCUGGAGUUUUAUGGUGAUGCUCCACUAUCACUGAUGAAGUUGAAGUUGUUUUGUUCCCAAAAUGACUGUCUUUGAGUAUUUGUUAUUGGAUUUAAGUAAAUAAGACGCUGUUGGUAGUAUAACAAAAGACAUUUUGAUUCAUGGUGACAAAAGAUAAAUAUUUGUUUCAAUCGUGUUAACUGAAACAUAUCUAAAGACUUACUUUAAUCAGGUAAACAUGUGCAAUACAUACAUUUUUGAAUAUCCCAGUGAUCAAAGCACUGUAUGUUUGUAGUCCUUGAAUUAAAUGUGCAUGAUGUGUGUGUGUUUUUGAUAUUAGUGAUAUUUUUUCCCAACUUUAAGAAUGGCAACGCUAAAUACUUGCACUUAUGAAUCAGGGAGUUUGAUACCAAUAACUGACAUUUGUCUCUCAAUGGUGUUGCUAACAUGAUGUAAGUACAAGUACUUAGCCUUUCAUAUUUAGAAUAAUCUCAUUGUAAAUAGUUAAAUAAAUGGAAAAAUAGACGGUUUUAUCCCUGAACCAUUACUACUGAAGCUGCUCUUUAACUGCAGUUAAAAUCGCAUCAUGUAUCAUUUGUCAAUUACAUCUUCCCAAUAUGCUUGUGAAUAGUAGCAAUUUGACAUUAAAACAUAGCAAUACAA